AUGGCUCCAGGCGUUGAAGGCUUCACUGCAUACUGGUGGAACGAUUUCCAGGGUGAUGAGGGCUCCUUUCCUGACCAGACGAAGUGGGAAAUCGUUGAGCGGGGUGCCAAUGGAGGAAACGACGAGGUUCAAACUUUUAUCAAAGACGAAAGCGUAGUCAUCCUUGAUGGUGAGAAGCUCGUUAUCAAGCCUCAACGGGAGGAUGGCAGAUGGACCUCAGCUCGCCUGCACUGCACCCAGAACUUUCAUGCCGACGACGGUAGAAUUAUGCUGAUUGAAGCAAACUUUGUCCUGGGUGGGGCUCCAAAGGAGAACCAGUCCGGUAUUUGGCCUUCGUUCUGGCUUCUCGGUGAGGGCUAUCGUGACGGCGGCGACGAGGCGUGGCCCAUGUGCGGCGAGAUUGAUAUCUUCGAAAAUGCGUCUGGCGAGAGUUUUCAUAAGCCAGCCGUCCAUUUUGGUAAUAGCUUUCCUGAGAGACAGCUGUUGGGAGCUAUUCCAUGCGAAUUUGACCGGGGUGAAUAUCACACAUGGGGCGUCCGAAUUGACCGCAAGAGUUCCGAGGGUAAUUGGGAGGAUGAGAAAAUUCAAUUCCUCAUGGAUGGUGAGCAGUACUACGAAGUCAGUGGUAGCGAUAUGGGUGACGAAGAUCGAUGGGCUGCUAUUGCCCACGGUGGUGUUUUCCCAGUCUUUCAGGUAGCUGUUGGGACCAACUGGGAUGGUGGCUCAAAGCCGAAUGAUGACACCGAGACUGGCCCCGAUGUUGGUUUAGCUGUAAAGCACGUCGCUGUUUAUUUCGACGAAUAAUGCUUGUAUUGGAAAGGGGCAUAUCUUAACAGGGCUCAGAGGCUAUGUGCGGG